AUGGCCGGCGCGCGGGCCCAGGCCGGCGCCGCUCAGUUCAUUGCACACUACCGCGGCCAGCUGCAGCAGGGAAAGGUGCCCCCGGGCUGGCAGCAGCAGGUCCAGCCAGAAGAGCGCGCCCAGCUCGGCCAGCAGUUCUACAGCCAGUACCGCCUGCUGAAGCCCGAGGUCGGAGAGAUGGAGGCCAUGCGUGCCUCGGUCAACUUUGAGACGCAAACAUUUCUGGCCGCCCAGAGCAAGGACCAAUACGUCACCAACAUCAAGCAGAAGCUCAUGAUGAUGACCCAGGCACGCCAGCAACGCAUGCAGCAGGGCACCCUUGGUGGCCAGAUGAACUCCAUGAACGCUAUGAACGCCGCCCCGAUGGGCAUGAUGGGCCAGCCUGGUGUCCAGAACCCGAGACAGGGCACGCCGCAACAGUUCAAUCCUGCCUUUCCAAAUGCCCAGCUCCAACGACCUAUGCAGAUAUCGCCCGUCCCCAUGGGCCAGACACAGUCGCAGAUGGGCAUGAACCCUGGGACCCAGGCCAACCUCAACCAAGGCCAGAAUCCACAGCAACCAAACAUCCAGCAGGCCCAGCAGACCCGCCAGGAGGACUUGAUCGUCAACCAGUUCGCCAAACGACUCAUGGACUCUUGCAAAGACGACGUCCGCCAACGAUUCCAGCAAGACGUUCAGGGCUGGCCCGAGGACAAGAAGCAGCAACUCAUCGCCCGAGGUAUCAACCCGCUGUUCUUCCGAUUCCGACAGCACGCCGAACUGCUCUAUAGAAAAGGUGCCCUUGGCAAUCACCUGCAACAAGGCGCCAACGGCAACCAAAUGCAGCCCAACGGCCAGAACCGUAUGCUCAACCAGGCUGGCAUGAACCAGCGCCAGCCCAACCAGGACUUUGAUUUCACUGCUAUUGCAAACCAACAGAUCGAAGCUAUGCGCGUUCAAGACCAAGGCGCCAUGGUCGUGCCGGCCAGCAAUAACAUGAAUGGCACUCAGAUGAACGGCUUCCCUGGACCAAAUGGGCAACAGCCUCAGCCCCAAAAUCCCGCAAUGGCAGCACAGCGUCAAGCUGAGGCGGCCGCCUUUCAGAACAAUAUACAACGCCAGCAACAUGCUCAGCAAGUCGCUCAGGCCCAACAACAAGCACAACAGCAACAACAGGCCCAACAACAGGCUCAGGCCGCCCAACUGGAGCAACAAAGACAGCGGCAGGCCCAACAACAGCCACGGAAUCCCAACCAGCUGCUUGGUCUCAAUGGUGGCCUGAACUUGCCUCCCUCAAGUGGUAGUCCGGCUCCUAUGUCGAUGCUAAACAGACCGAUGCAUCCUCCAGGCCAGCCAGGACCACCGACUCCUCAACAACAGCCUCAGAACCACGUGCCAGUCAUGACACCACGACCUGGAGGCAAUGAUCCGCAAGUUGGUGCUGUUCUGCGAGAGGCACAGCUGAGAGCCAAUGCCGUUGCACAUUCCGGCCAGCCUUUGACGGAGCAUGUCCGCAUGAGCAUGAUGCCUCAAGAUCUUGAUCCGCAGGUGAAAGCUCAACUGUUAAAAGUUCCUGAACAGCAAUUCCGCGCAAUAUUGCAAAACUAUGUGCACAAUGCUCGGCGGACCAACGGUAUGGUGCCCUUCAUGGGGCCCCAAAUGGGGCAAGCCUUCAAUCCACAAGCACCGCAGCCAGGAAUGCCUAAUCAGAUGCUAGGCGGUGCCAACAUGCCACGGCCAGGUCUGAAUAUCGGACAACAAGGUCCAGGAGCUGUACCACAACCUCCCAUGGGUCAACGCCCUCAGCAGCCUAACCAACAGGCACGGUUGGCCACUGCUCAUAACAUGUUGCGAAAUAACCCCGGAAUCAUAAAUGCUACGGACGGGAAGCCGUACCCUCCUAAUGUACUGAAUGCUCAAAUCAAAGCAAGCAUACCUCCUGAGGUCACGACAUGGGGUCAACUCAAGCAAUGGGCUACACAGAACCCGAACAUGCUGCCUGGGGUCAACAUGGAAAAGCUCAUCCUGCUCCAAGCGUUACAUUUCCAAGACCUAAUGCGACAGCAAACUGGUGGCGGACCUGGUCAACUCCUGCAGCAGAACAACAUGCCUGGUGCCGCCCCAACUCAACAGAUGACACCACAGGGCCCCAUGCGGACGCCACAACCGCAACCGAAUAUGCCAAACAUGCCUCAAUUCCAAGUCACGCCUCAGGAAAUCAUGCACGUACGGCAGAAGCUGCAGGCGCAGGGCCAACAAAACAACGUCACCGACGACACCUUGCGUAGCUACAUCUUGAACCAGAAGAAGCACAACAACAGCAACACAACCAGCAGCAGCAGCAACAACAACAACAACAGCAGCAGCAGCAGCAGCAACAGCAACAACAACAGCAACAACAACAACAACAGCAACAACAACAACAACAACAACAACAACAACAACAACAACAGCAGCAACAGCAGCAGCAAAUGCAAAUGCAAAUGCAGCAAGCUGCUCAGCAGCAACGCGCAGGGCAACAACAAAUGCAACUGGCUGCCAUGGCCUCCCAACAACCAAUGCCAGAAGCCGGUUGCACGACCUCAACCACAGCAGCCUGCUCAGCCCAACGCCAGCAAGAAGCGACCCAUCGAUGAUACAGCUGAUGGAAACAUGGAUGCGACUGGCAACAAUGCUGCUCCGCAAGCUCCCGCAAUGGUCCCGACCAAGUCUGGAGCAGGGAUCAACUUCUCUCAAGAGCAGAUCUCAAAGAUGACUCCAGCACAGCAACAACAGAUGAGGGCUCAGCUGCUCAAAGCUCAGGAUGCUUCUAAUGCAGCGGGUAACAAGGCACAACAGCCUUCGCAGCCCAUGCUUAGCGCCGAAGAAAUCAGAACGAGGAUGAAUGAUCCCGUCAGGAUGAAUGCACUCACCCAGAUCAUCAAAGAGGUCGAGAGCUCGAUGCCUCAAAGACAGAAUGUGCCGUUGCAGCCGCAAAUAAGAGUGUCACUCCAGAAGUCACUCAAAGAUCAGUUAGAAAAGCUAAAGAAGCUCGAGCAGGCAAUGCGCGUGUACCACGUCUGCUACGAGGCCGCAGGGUCUGAUAAGAUCGUGCGGCAAAUUGCUCAGUCACGUGCACUACUGUUCCAGCAGAUCGAUCCCCAAGAUGGCACACUUCACGAUAAACUCACCAUGAGUGCUGACGAGUUCAAGACGCACAUGCGUACAGUGCUUACAUUCUAUACAAAGAUCACAUCCAGGAUGGCGCAACAGCAGCAACCACAGAACGGCACACAAUCCCAAGCUCCUGCAGGCCCCAGCGGACCACUAGCGCAACUCAAUGCUGCGAACUUGAAGAUUGUUGAGCAGCAGCAGCGACAACAGAAGGCUCCCUCGGCUCCUACCACCGACCGACCGCCCUUCGCACUGGGUGAUCAAGCUGCCCGCGGCGCGCCGACCUACUUUGAUGGGGCAAAGAACGUGACGAAUCUCGUGCUUCCAGACAAGAAGCGUACAAAGCUCGAUAAUGUCAGUCAGGCGUCGACACCAGGACCCAAAGCAUCUCCUCGUAUCGGAACAGGCAAGGGUCUUUCUCCAGAGUUCACGCGACAGCAGCCGCCCAGCAAGCAAGCCCCUCCACAGCGACUAAUGUUCCCAUGCAAAGUUGUGGAUUGCGAAUACUCGGUACGUGGUUUCGAAUCACAAGGAGAGCUCGACUCGCACGUUGGUCAAAUGCACAUGAAAAUCGAGAACCCACUCCAGUUCGCGCUAGACUCCAUGGCGGAGUACUUGGAUGUUGAUCCCAAGACGGGCGAGGCGAGAGUGGAUCCCAACGCGAGACGACCCGCAAAGGCACCACCUGCUGCAACGCGCCCUUCUCAUCCCAUGAAGUCUGAGAACACACCUAAUGCUCCGCAAAAUGCCGCCACUCCCGCUGGGGCCCAAACCGCCGCCACACCAAUGGCUCGCGUCCCCACACAAACAGGGAUGAAGAGCUCACCGGUGACGAACUUCCUCAAGACCCCACAGGCAAUGGGCAAGGUUGGAACGCCAAACGCAAGCGCGCAAGCGAAGGCGACUCCUACUAGCAUGCCUAGACCGGCUCCGAAGGAGCAGCCAGCCGCUGCACCGGAGCCUGAGAAGGAGGAAGAGCUUCAGCCGCUGAUGUCCAUGUCAUUGCUUGACUAUUCAUAUGAGGACACUUUUGCUGCUCUCGACGCUAAUGGUCCAUUCACUGUUCUGGACCUCAAGGACGAAGACACUGCCUGGGCCUUUUCCGAUAUCUCGGAGAACGACAACCUUCACAUCAACCUCGAUCUCAAGGACAUGGAUAUGCCAGAUGCCUGGGCCAUGGGCUUCAAUGGCAAUGCCCUGCCCAAUGAACAUACUCUUGGUGUGGUGCUUCCUCCCAUGGACAAUGACGACAUGAUGCUCUUCCCUACCUACGGUGACGGUAUGAUGGAUCUCGAUGCGCUCGAGAAGACUAUGGAGAGCAUGGGGAACUCGCUCGACAUGUCUGCGAUAACGACUGCCUAA